AUGCGAGGCGUGAAAAAUCGGAAUUUCAUACGUGGAAUGUCUUUCGAGAAUGUUUUCGAGCAAUCGUCGACUUUUACCCAAAUUAAUUUCUAUGAAUGUGUUCUUUAUGAAUGGCAAGGCGGGUAG